GAAACAGACACGGACUGUUGGUCCCAAGCAGUACAACAGACCAAGAACUUCAACAUAUCCGCAAUAGUCUUCCAGAUUCUGUACGCAUUCAAAAUCUCUCGGCGCUGGGCAAUGUCACUACCUGCAAUGACUAUGUAGCUCUUGUUCAUCCAGAUCUUGACAGGGAGACAGAAGAGAUCUUGGCAGAUGUACUGAAGGUUGAGGUUUUCAGACAAACGGUAGCAGAUCAGGUGCUGGUAGGAAGUUACUGUGUUUUUAGUAACCAAGGAGGAAUUGUGCACCCCAAAACUUCAAUUGAUGAUCAGGAUGAACUGUCUUCGUUGCUCCAGGUCCCACUCGUGGCUGGAACAGUGAAUCGUGGCAGCGAGGUCAUUGCAGCAGGGAUGGGGGGGGAUGACUGGGUGGCCUUCUGUGGGCUGGACACGACCAGCACUGAGCUCUCUGUCAUUGAGAGUAUCUUCAAGCUGAACGAAGCUCAGCCAAGUACCAUCGCUACCAACAUGAGAGAUUCCUUGAUUGACAGCUUGACAUGA